AUGACAGAUGACACCACCACUUCCACAAUAACAGAUGACACUACCACCUCCACAAUGACAGAUGACACCACCACGUCCACAAUAACAGAUGACACCCCCACUUCCACACAGAUGACACCACCACCUCCACGUAACAAUGACACCACCACCCCCACAAUAGCAGAUGACACCACCAUCUCCAGAACAGUUGAUGACACCACCACCUCCACAAUAGCAGAUGGCACCACUACCUCCACAAUAGCAGAUGACACUACCGCCUCCACAGUAACAGAUGACACCACCACCUCCACAGUAUCAGAUGACACUACCACCUCCACACCAGCAGAUGACACCACCACCUCCACAGUAACAGAUGACACCACACCUCCACAGAAAACAGAUGUCACCACAACAGCAGAUGACACCACCAUCUCCAAAACAGCAGAUGACACCACCAUCUCCAAAACAGCAGAUGACACCACCACCUCCACAACAGCAGAUGACACCACCAGCUCCACAGUAACAGAUGACACAACCAUCUCUACAAUAACAGAUGACGACACCAUCACCUCCACAAUAACAAAUGACUCCACUCCCCACUUUGCAGAUGACACUAUUGCCUACACAAUAACACAUGACACCAUCACGGCAACAGAUGGCACAGUUAACUUUACAACAACAAAGGACACAGUGACAGAUGCAUCUUACCUAGUGGCAGAUAUCACUUCACCUUACUCCGUAACGGAAAAGAAGACUAGUUCACCACUGAUAAAUGACACCACUGAUUCCGCAUCACCACAAAACAUCGGCAUCUCCUUAAUACCAGAGAGUGACGUCACGAACACCACAGAAUCAAGUGACAUAUCUGAACCUAGCGAAGUUAUCUCGAUGUUACCAAGUGACACUGAUACUUCUACAUAUCCAAGCGUCAUCAAAACCACUACAGUUGCCAGUGUCGUCCACCUCUACGUGGUAACAAACGAGACGGAUGCUGCCUCAGUGUCCCCUGUAAUAUCUGGUGAUUUUACGAGCGUUGUGUUGCCCGGUGACAUUCAUACUACGGACUCGCUUGGUGAUAUCAGUCCUACAACAGUAGUAGGUGAUGGUAGUCUCGUCAGGACAUCCGUGGAGAUGAGUAAUACGACACCUAUAGCACUAAUACCACCAAGAUACCCAGUAAUACUAGCCACGACAUUAUCCAUCGACGUGCCUUCUGCCCUGCCCCUUGACCCAAGCACCUCUGCACAAACCGGAAAUAGAUUUAGAGAAACCUAUCAUCGCGAGGCCAAAAUUAUUCCUCCAGAAGGUUCGAUAACAACCUCCAAUGUUACUGAUGUGGAAAGCGCUUCACACACGCGUUUCCUGCAAAUGCACUGCAACAUAUCAGCCCAGGGAGACCCAUCUGCUUGUCAGUACACAAGCCUCUCUAAAGAGCCGUCGAAAAUCCUUCCAGGUCUGCGUCCCGCCAGCCAAGGCCUCUUCGGCGUGGCGGGCCCUUUCCCGGCAAAGCCGGUCCACGUGGCGGGCGGGGCCCCCUGGAAAACCCGGGCAGGCUGGUCCACCAGGGAGACCCAGGAAGCCCGGGCCCACGCGGAAGGCCGGGAAAGAAUGGAAAAGAGGACCCCGAGGCAAGAAACAGAGACUGACCAGAUUUCUGUUUUCCCGGGGAAAAGAGGGGGCCCCGUGGCAGGGAGGACGACAUGGCCCUAUAGGUUUCCCCCUGGCUUUCCUGGCCUACCAGUCGGCUGUGGUAAAGCGACGAUGCACCAGCUUCAUCCUUCGGGUGAAACCUCCGUUGCUAAGAGGAAGAUUACGCCUUGGGAGGAUGCUUGCUGGUUAUGUUCUUACUUAAGGAGCCUCUGCAUGGGGAAACCUCAUGCUGACACCCCUAAAACGGAAGACAACAUGCUCUGUAUAGACGAGCCGGCACUUUCCGAAAUGGACUUGCCCUCCAGCAGCAACUCUGGAUGA